GUCCGGAAGUCUCUCCGGGCCCAGACCCCUGGGACGCUCUCGUUGCUAUGGUGAUCCCUUGUACAAACUGCGAGCGGGACUCUUUCCAGAGUCAGUCCCGCCCACACCCCGCCCCCGGCGUCCGGGAUUCGUCGAACGCCCUCGAAUCCAGCGUGGCCCGUGUUGCCGUGGUGAUCCCGCGUCGCUCUACCGUACUAGGCCGCGCGGAGCCCCGAGCCUUCGCAGGCGUGGCCUCUGGAAGAAUGAGAUCCUCCUUGACACCUUUGGGGCCUCCUGUGAGCCGGGAUCGCAUCAUUGACACCUUUCCUAAGUGGUACACGCCUGACGCCUCCCUGCAGCUUAAGGAGCACUUCCAUGAGCGGGUCAAUGCAGCUUGCCAGCGCAGGAACACCGGGACUGUUGGGCUCAAACUCUCCAAGGUGGUUGUUGUUGGCGAUCUCUAUGUGGGGAAGACCAGCCUCAUCCACAGGUUUUGCAAGAAUGUUUUUGAUCGGGACUACAAGGCCACUAUUGGGGUAGACUUCGAAAUUGAGCGCUUUGAGAUUACUGGGAUUCCAUACAGCCUCCAGAUCUGGGACACAGCCGGGCAGGAGAAGUUCAAGUGCAUUGCAUCUGCCUAUUACCGGGGUGCCCAGGUGAUCAUCACAGCCUUUGACCUCACUGAUGUGCAGACUCUGGGGCACACCAGGCAGUGGCUGGAGGACGCACUAAGGGAGAACGAGGUGGGAUCCUGCUCUAUCUUCCUCGUGGGAACCAAAAAGGACCUUCUGUCAGGGGCGGCAUGUGAGCAGGCUGAAGCAGAGGCUGUGCACCUGGCCAAUGAGAUGCAGGCUGAGUACUGGUCAGUGUCCGCCAAGACUGGAGAGAAUGUGAAGGCCUUCUUCAGCCGUGUUGCAGCCCUGGCGUUUGAGCAGUCAGUAUUGCAGGAGCUGGAGAAGAGGAACAGCACCCGGCCCCAGGAAUGGAGGGAAAUUCGCCCGAGACUCAGGAGAGCAAGAGGCCCUUUAGCCUAGGCUGCUGUUAGCUGGGCUGGCACAAAGGUCCCCCACUCCCUGCACAUGCAUGGGCAUGGGCUUCUGUGACUGAGGAGGGGUGACAUGGAGCCUGUCUCCCUCAAGGUGUGGAGUGCCUGUGUACCCAGGGCUCAGCUACAUUUCUUUAGCAGGGAACUGCUGGAUGCUGGUCCACCCUACAAUGCCUGCUUGGGGCCCCACACAGCCUGGCUAGUGGGACACUGCAGUGAUGACACACCUGCAGGGUCAUCAUUCAGUCACCCACGGCCUUGAGAGGCCUCAGGACUGCAAACUCAGGACACUCCUGCAGUGGCCCACAUCCCUCACCAUGGCAGUUUCCCGGAAAUCCUAGAUGUGGCUUUGGAACCCUUCUCAUCACAACAUUCUGGGCACCCGGGACUUGUCAGAGUGGGCCUGUGAGGGAAAGCCCACAUGCUGUCCCCUGGGGGAGUUUUCUGUUAUCAAUAGGACAUGCAGUUCUGGGCCUUAGAGCUUGAGACCUCGUGUCCACUGCCCCUCUGUCACAGAGUCCCAGGUCCCCUGGGCAGCCCUGCCUCUCUCAAGGGCAAUGGACAAGAAGGUCUCUUAGUCCCCCCUGACCAGGGGGCCCUCCCUGCCAUGUCUGAGAUCCCCAUGGUCUUGCCCUCCAGAUCAGUGUGUAAGGAAGGACUGAACAAGGCAUUUGUGCUUCUGACCCAUCUGGAGGAUGCAUUUUCCUGGCCGUGCUGUGAAUGAGGAUUGCACGCCCGCCCCUUGGGUGAAUCACUAUACAUCCACCUAUCUUGGCACUGCCCUGUGACUCAUACCAGUGUGCACUGUUGCGUUUCCGACCUCUGUCCCACUGGCUUGCAUAUCUCUCAGGGCUUGUGUAAUGGUGUCCACACAUCUUUGGAGGACUUCGGAGACUGUUCAGAGUCUAGCAUGUUCCUGAUCAGCAUUCUUCCUGCACAGGCAGUGCAGACAAGAAUGUUCUCCCCACCCAGCUCUCUGCCCAGAGCGUCUGCUCUCCUCUCUGUCCCUGUGUUGCUCCUCCAGAGGUCUUCCCUGACACCUUUUCACUGCUGUUCACUGCCCCGUGCUACUGUGGCCCUGGGCAUCUGCCCACUCAUUCUCACCCUCUUGCCAUAGGUACAUCUGGCAUCCCUAUCUGCUUCUCAGAGAUGGUGAGGAUUUUUUGGGCAGCCUAUGCCAGUCAGCACCCUUCUCCUAGUCCCUGGCACACUGGUUGUGCCCCAUGGAUAUUCAGUGAAUCAUAGCAGUUGCCAAGUAUCAGACAAGAACCCUAGCAUGUUUUUCUGUUCAUUAUUCCUUUGCUGUAUUUUAAGCCCACAUGUAUCACUUCUGUGUAUAAAUUUCUUUUAAAGGAAUUGUGUGCUUAGUAUAAAACAAGAUAGUACAAGGCAUAUAAAAUACAGAUGGGAAAUACCACCUCUGAUUGGCCACAUGUGCUCGCUUCAGCAGCACAUAUACUAUAAUCUGAUUGGCCGCAUGCCAAACAUAAGGAUGGUUAAUAGUUGGUACGGUUCCUUCUGGGCCAUGUUUCCCUGUGUGCAAACCACCACAUUUGUCCGCUUAUUUCCCUAGAGUGACCUUGUGUUGUACAUGCUGCCUGAGAGGCUACCUUCCCCACGGACCAUCUGAGCUUUCUUACUGUGGAUGCGCACAGCCCCCCCUUUCCUUUAGCAGCUUUCCUUGGUGUAGACAGACUGUAUUUCACUUAACCUGCCCCAUAAACUGGUCAUUUAGUUUGUGUCCAGCAAUUAGCUUUUACUGACGGUGCUGCAGUGGCCUUCCUUGUAAUUAUAAUGCACACUCAGGAUUCCCAAAGGAGAUCCUCCUGGCCUGGUCCACUGUGGAGGAGAGGGCACGGUGGGGUGCAUUAGGGAGGACCAAGUUUGUUGGAUGCAAACAGAAUAAGAGUGACCAGCAAAGAUGGGCCAGAAUGGUGGCGGUGAGGGGAAUAUGGUGUCCUGCUGUUACCAGCUCCUAAGCUGGAAACCCAGUGUCUCAUGUACACUUGAACUUCUGUAAAUGGUCCUUUAUUAAACUCUCAUAUUGCCCAC